AUGCCCAGCCCCCUACUCUCCAGCUCCCCUUAUCCUAAGCUCCCCAACUCUCCAGAUCCCCUACUCUCCAGCUCCUCUAGUCUCCAGUCUCCAGCUCCCCUAGUUUCCAGUCCCCAGCCUCCCAGCUCCCCUACUCUCCAGCUCCCCUUAUCCCCAGCUCCCCUUAUCCCCAGCUCCCCUACUCUCCAGAUCCCCUACUCUCAGCUUCCGUCUACUCCAGUCUCCAGCUCCCCUAGUUUCCAGUCCCCAGCCCCCUACUCUCCAGCUCCCCUUAUCCCAGUCUCCCACUCUUCUGACCCCUACUCUCCAGCUCCCCUACUCUCCAGCUCCCUUAUCCCCAGCACCCCUUAUCCCCAGCUUCCCUUAUUCCCAGCUUCCCUUAUUCCCAGCUUCCCUUAUUCCCAGCUCCUCUUAUUCCCGGCUCCCUACUCUCCGGCUCCCCUACUCUCAGGCUGCCCUACUCUCAGCUCGCCGCUCCCCUACUUCCGGCUCCCCUACUCCCUACUCUCCAGCUCCCCUUAUCCCAGCUCCCCAACUCUUCUGACCCCCUACUCUCCAGCUCCCCUACUCUCCAGCUCCCCUUAUCCCAGCACCCCUUAUCCCCAGCUUCCCUUAUUCCCAGCUUCCCUUAUUCCCAGCUUCCUUUUCCCAGCUCCUCUUAUUCCCCGGCUCCCCUACUCUCCGGCUCCCCUACUCUCCGGCCCCUACUUCCCCAGCUCCCCUACUCCCCAGCUCCCCUCUCCCCAACUCUCCAGAUCCCCUACUCUCCAGCUCCCCUACAUUCAGCCCCCUUACCCCAGCUCCCCUACUCCCAGCUCCCCUAUCUCCAGCUCCCCUAGUUCCAGUCCCCGCCUCCAGCGUCCCUACUCCCAGCUCCCCUACUCUCCCGCUCCCCUCUCCCCUAGUUUCCCCCAGCCUCCCAGCGUUCCUACUCUCCAGCUCCCCUACUCUCCCGCUCCCCUGUUACCCAGCUCCCCAACUCUCCUGACCCCCCACUCUUCCGCUCCCCACACCUCUCCGGCUACCCCACUCUCCGGCUUCCCCACUCCCCGGCUCCCCCACUUCCCGGCUCCCCCACUCCCCGGCUCCCCACUCUCCGGCUCCCCCACUCUCCGGCUCCCCCACUCUCCGGCUCCCCACUCCCCGGCUCCCCCACUCCCCGGCUCCCCCACCCCGGCUCCCCUUAUCUCCAGCUCCCCUUAUCCUCAGCUCUCCAGCUCCCCAGCUCCCCAGCCCCCCUGCUCCCCAGCUCUCCUUACACCCAGCCCUCUGGCUCCCCUACUCCCCAGCUCCCCUACUCCCCAGCUCCCCUACUCCCCAGCUCCCCUGUGCCCCAGCUCCCCUACAUUCCAGCUCACCUUAUACCUCAAGCUGCCCCAACUCUCCAGAUCCCCUACUCUCCAGCUCCCCUACAUUCCAGCUCCCCUUACCCCCAGCUCCCCUACUCUCCAGCUCCCCUACUCUCCAGCUCCCCUAGUUUCCAGUCCCCAGCUCCCAGCGUCCCUACUCUCCAGCUCCCCUACUUCCCGCUCCCCUGUUACCCAGCUCCCCAACUCUCCUGACCCCCUACUCUCCAGCUCCCCUAGUUUCCAGUCCCCGACACUUUCCACAGCUCCCCCAACUCUCCUGACCCCCCCCUCUCCGGCUCCCCCACUCUCCGGCUCCCCCACUCCCCGGCUGCCUCCCACUCUCCGGCUCCCCCACUUCCCCCACUCUCCGGCUCCCCCACUCUCCGCCGCUCCCCCACUGCUCCCCAGGCUUCCCCUUAUCUCCAGCUCCCCUUAUCCUCAGCUCUCCAACUCCCAGCUCCCCCCUCUCCAGCUCCCCAGCUCUCCUUACACCCAGCCCUCUGCUCCCCUACUCCCCAGCUCCCCUGUGCCCCAGCUCCCCCUACAUUCCAGCUCACCUUAUCCCCAGCUCCCCUACUCUCCAGCUCCCCUGUUCCCCAGCUCCCCUAUCCUCAGCUCCCCAACUCUCCAGAUCCCCUACUCUCCAGGCUCCCCUACAUUCCAGCUCCCCUUACCCCCAGUCCCCUCCACUCUCCCAGCUCCCCUACUCUCCAGCUCCCCUAGUUUCCAGUCCCAGCCCCCAGCGUCCUACUCCUCCAGCUCCCCUACUCUCCCGCUCCCCUGUUACCCAGCUCCCCCCACUCUCCUGACCCCCUACUCUCCAGCUCCCCUAGUUUCCAGUCCCCAGCCUCCCAGCGUCCCUACUCUCCAGCUCCCCUACUCUCCCGCUCCCCUGUUACCCAGCUCCCCAACUCUCCUGACCCCCCACUCUCCGUCCCCACUCUCCGCUCCCACUCCCUCACUCCCGGCCUCUCCCCCACUCUCCGGCUCUCCCCACUCCCCGGCCUCCCCCACUCUCCCGGCCGUCCCCCACUCUCCGGUCCUCCCACUCUCCGGCUCCCCCACUCCGGCUCCCCACUCCCCGGCUCCCCCACUCCCCGGCUCCCCUUAUCUCCAGCUCCCCUUAUCCUCAGCUCUCCAGCUCCCCAGCUCCCCAGCCCCCCUGCUCCCCAGCUCUCCUUACACCCAGCCCUCUGAUGGCCAGCCCCCCUACUCUCCAGCUCCCCUGUUCUCCAGCUCCCCUUAUCCUAAGCUCCCCAACUCUCCAGAUCCCCUACUCUCCAGCUCCUCUAGUCUCCACUCCCCUACUCUCCAGAUCCCCUUACUCUCCAGCAUCCCCUUAUCCCCUAGCACCCUUAUUAUCCCCAGCUUCCCUUAUUCCCAGCCUCCUUCUAUUCCCCGGCCUCCCCCUACUCUCCGCUCCCCUACUCUCCAGUCCCCUACUCUCCGGCUCCCCAUACUCUCCUGUGCUCCCGCUACCUCUCCGGCUCCCCUUACUCUCCGGCUCCCCUACUCCCCAGCUCCCCUACUCCCCAGCUCCCUCCUACUCCCAGCUCCCCUGAUGCCCCAGCUCCCCUACAUUCCAGCUCACCUUAUCCUCAAGCUCCCCAACUCUCCAGAUCCCCUACUCUCCAGCUCCCCUACAUUCAGCUCCCCUUACCCCCAGUCCCCUACUCUCCAGCUCCCCUACUCUCCAGCUCCCCUAGUUUCCAGUCCCCAGUCCCAGCGUCCCUACUCUCCAGCUCCCCUACUCUCCCGCUCCCCUGUUACCCAGCUCCCCAACUCUCCUGACCCCCUACUCUCCAGCUCCCCUAGUUUCCAGUCCCCAGGCCUCCCAGCUCCCCAACUCUCCUUGACCCCCCACUCUCGGCUCCCCCACUCUCCGGGCUCCCCACUCCCGGCUCCCCCACUCUCCGGCUCCCCCAUUCUCUCCCCCACUCUCCGGCUCCCUCUCCACUCUCCGGCUCCCCCACUCUCCAGGUUCCCCUUAUCUCCAGCUCCCCUUAUCCUCAGCUCUCCAACUCUCCAGCUCCCCACUCUCCAGCUCCCCAGCUCUCCUUACACCCAGCCCUCUGGUCCACACUCAAUGUUUUCCCUCUUCUGA